GUGAGGCUAGAAGCCCGAGCGUGGUCGGUUGGAGCAGAUAUGUCUGCCCGGAGGCACAUUGGGAACCCUGAGUAUCUAACCAGACGGAUACCACAGAACCCAAGGUAUCAACAUGUCAAGUCAAGACUGGAUACUGGUAACAGCAUGACCAAAUACAUUGAGAAGCUAGAAGAGAUUAAAAAAAAUUAUAGAUACAAAAAAGAUGAACUUUUCAAGAGACUGAAAGUUACCACUUUUGCCCAGCUGGUCAUUCAGGUCGCUUCCCUGUCAGAUCAAUCACUGGAAGUGACAGCUGAGGAGAUCCAACGGCUGGAAGACAAUGAUUCUGCAACUUCAGAGGCUGAUUUGGAAAUCGCUGCGAGCACCAACGGCAAAGGGAGCCCUGGGGAAGACUCGCCCAGCCCUGUCCAGUUCAUCAACAGCCUGGGAGCAGGGGAGUCCGGCCGCUCCACUCUGCAGAGCGUCAUCAGUGGCGUUGGGGAACUGGAUGUAGACAAAGGGCUCGUAAAGAAAGAAGAGCCCAGUGGCAAAGACAAGCCGUAUCCGGACUGCCCCUUCCUGCUGCUUGACGUUCGUGACAGAGACUCUUAUCAGCAGUGCCAUAUUGUCGGGGCUCACAGUUACCCAAUUGCAACUCUAUCCAGGACAAUGAACCCCUACUCAAACGACAUUCUUGAGUAUAAAAAUGCUCACGGCAAGAUCAUCAUUCUAUAUGAUGAGGACGAAAGGCUGGCCAGCCAGGCGGCCACCACCAUGUGUGAGCGCGGCUUCGAGAACCUCUUCAUGCUUUCUGGCGGUGAGCAAAGCUGCAGUCUGCUUUCCAGGUCUGAAGGUCUUAGCUCAGAAGUUCCCGGAAGGACUGGUCACUGGCUCCCUGCCAGCCUCUUGCCAGCAGACCGUCCCUCUUGGUACUGCCCGGAAACGAUCCAGCCCCAAAAUGCCAGCCCUGCCAGCCGAGAACAAGUGGAGAUUUACCCCAGAAGACUUAAAAAAGAUAGAGCGUUACCUGGAAGGCGAGCAGGGACCGGCGGGCAAUCCUAGCCGACUGAACCAGAAUAACUCUGCCGGAAAAGACUCAAAGGUGCCUGCCAGUCGAAGUGGCCAGAACCUGCCCACCGGGGGUCCUGCCGGCCACUCGAACCCCCGCACGCUCAACAGUGGUCACCUGCAAGGCAAACCCUGGAAGUGAAGACCUGUGUUGUUUGGUCAAAUAAAUAUCCCCUCCUUUCGGAACCCCCAGCACUCCCAACUUGGUCAUUUUCAGACUGCUGUAGAGGAAUGGCCACGCUCUGUGGGCCCGCUUCUCCCUCCCUCCACUCAGGAAGGAUUCUGACGAUGACCACAAAAACCAGAGGCUUGUCAGGCGCUAGCUGCCUCCCUGUUGUUUACAGAAUACUCUUGUCUUCUGAAACUGAAUAGGAAAAAAGAAAGAUGCUUUCUUUUAAGUAAGGUCCAGCCCGUUUGGUCUGUAACCAGUGUUGUUUUGUAAAUAAUUCAGUCACAUCUGCUGCUGUGUUCUUCCCGGCAGGCUUUUCUCGUUCCCUGUUGAUCUCAUGAAAGAUUCUCCAGGUGGACCUGGCAUUGCCCCCAGGGUGCAGAUGAGUUCCUGGCUCCUGCAGCCCAAGGGCCCCACACUGCGCCAGGUGCCUGGCUCAGUCUUAGCUCGCACGCCGCAGCUUCUGCUGGGGUUUGAGGCUGAGGUUGUAUCUUACUGGUUUAGCAGAGAAGCUCUGUGCAAAAUGAUCUCUUCCUUAAAUGGUUUCCUGGGACCAGAAAGGUGCGUGCUCUUCUGUGCUCACAGCAGAAGGAGGAGGGCCUAGCACAAGUCCCCAGCACCCCAAAAGUCUGUGCUUAGAGCCUUGGGAGGCUGCCACAGCUGUCUCCCCAGCCCCCCCAUUAUGAACCUAAUAUCAGUUAAAAUUUCCCAUUGCCUGACUUGAGUCCAGCCGUGUUAGAUGGGCAGAAAUCAUGGUCACGUGAAAGCGGCAGCCUCAUGCAGGCGUGGGGACACACAGGUGAGGGGACUCAGGAGUCCUUUGUCAGCGCGGACAACCCCUUAAGCCCUUGCUUAAAAAUACAGUAUUAGUCUAAUUGAGUAAUUAGUGCAAUUUCCUGCUUGCUUUUCAUUCUCACGACUGAGCUGUGAUUAGGAGGCUGUGAUUAUAGAUUCUGGUUUGGGCCGGAAUUUUGAAUCGGCAUUAAUUGAAUUGCUAGAUGACUGACACCCAUUCUAUUUAAUUGGAGGAACAAAGACCUCAGGUAAGGAUGAGGCGCAUGAAGUCAUACGGAAGGACCAGCCUUGUUAAUUUUUAUGGUCUGUGAUGGUAGCUGUGAUAAGGGACUAAAGAAUAAAUUGUGCUCUUUGUCAUGGCAACCAGCUUCUGAAAAGCCAGCUGAAAAUUGCUAUCCUUAGGUGGUUACUGCUGCUGGGUAAGACUCGCCUUAACAGUACUAUUUUCUCACCACUGGAAGAAAAAAACAAAAAGGAAAAAGCCCACAGUAUUUCUAGCAUGAGGGUUGUGUUUGUAAGAGAAAUAAACGUAAUAAAUAAUCUCAUGGAGACAUAUGGAAAAAUAACUCAGUCAACCCAGCUCUGUUUCAGAAUGUGUUUAUUCUUCUCUACUUGAUUUCCAAAGUGCAACAUUUUCCAAUGCUUUAGAAAUCAGACAGACCAGGGACAUUGUUCAUAUGUCAAGCCGUGCCCAAUUUUCCACAAGAUUCGGGAAUCUUGUAUAAAAUUCAGCCAAUGUACACAUAGCUUUAAUGAGAAGCCUGCCAUGUUUCCCCAUACAUUUAUUGCCUGAGAACUUAGCUCAGCCUUUUGCUAAUGCCAAAAUGCACUGGCUUUUAUUUUCUUUACAGCAUAGAUAGAAAAAUGCAAAGUUUCUGCACUCGACUUUCCCCUAACAUGGACAAGAUUUUCAGCCAUCUUUGACACAUUUACAUUUUUAAGGAAAACCCUUUCCUUAAAUAAAGUUCUGGUUUGCCACGUUCACAUCGGGAGAUUAGACCUCCUCACUCAGUUCUGUUUUGAAAGUAAAGGACAGGUUCCUCCUGUUCCUGUUCCGCAUUCACCACCAGGGAUGUCCGUGUUAGAAACUAUUGCAUGUACGUAGAGUGUCGGUUUAGCCAAAGCCAUUAUUAGAAUUGCUGUGUGUCUACUGGCGUGGGCUAGCAGGCCGAAUAUGUUUCCAUGUGUUUCUCCGUAGCACUUUGCCCUGUUGGCAAGGGAGGCCCGACCCUCCCCUGCACUCAGCCUUCCUCUCGAUGCUGUUGCUCCCUAACAUUCCACCUUACCAGGAUCUUCACUAGACUGUUUGACAUGUAUUAUCUAAAUGAUCAGUGAUACUUUGUGCAAUUAUGAAUGUUGAAGAUUAAAGAACGUAGUUACUAA